AAAUUCUAUUUCUACUACCACAGAUAAUCAGACAAAUCCUAUUUCUACUACCACAGAUAACCAGACAAAUCCUAUUUCUACUACCACAGAUAACCAGACAAAUCCGAUUUCUACUACCACAGAUAACCAGACAAAUCCGAUUUCUACUACCACUGAUAACCAGAUAAAUCCUACUUCUACUACCACAGAUAACCAGACAAAUCCGAUUUCUACUACCACAAAUAACCAGACGAAUCAUAUUUUUACUACCACAAAUAACCAGACAAAUCCUACUUCUACUACCACAGAUAACCAGACAACUGCAAUUUAUAGUACCAGAAAUACCCACAUGAUUGCUAGUACUACCACAGAUAUCUCCACGGCUAUGACACCUAUUAACAAUGAAACCUCUUCAGCUACUGUGCCUAAUGCUACAGAUCCCUCUGAGACUACAGUUCUUCCUACAACAAAUAGCACAGUUCUUUCUACUCUGUCUAUAGGUAUACCUGUGCAAAUAUUUUCUUCCUCUCCAACUACCCCAGUGACUUCUCCUACAGAUACCAGCACAGCUUCUACACUUACUACUAUAGAUACCAUAGGUUCUACUCCUACUACCAUAGAUACUAGGUCUACUAGUCCGACCAACACGUAUACAGCCACAUUUACUUCUCCUACAAACAGAGAAAACAUAACAUCUACUCCUACUACUUUACAUAUACCUACUAACCCUGCUAUCACUACUGUAGAUACUGUAACUACUCCAGCUCCAAUUUCUGUUCUUCCAACUAGCAGCAAUCCUGCAUCCACUGCUGUUCCAACUACAGGUAACCUGCAGGGCUCCUGUAGUUGUUAUAGAUUCUGCAGUGGUUCUGGAGCGAUAUAUACUUUUCAUCUGACUAUCAACAGUGCCUCAGUGACUGUAAAUGACAUCUCAGAUAAAACUUCACUUCUGUCUUCUCCUUGCGGUUCACAAGUUACUGCUCUGUCUCAGUGUAAUUAUACUUCCAAUCAAUCCCGUUUAUAUCAGGGGGCACACAUACAGUGCAAUAGUACUUCUAACAGACUGCAGAGCUGUAUGAUAGCGGUGCUAUACAGUCAGCCGCUGGAUAUGUGCACUCUCACAGAGGUUCUGGUGGUCUUAUUCCAAUCCAACCAAAUUAGAUAUCAAGGUUCCCUCAGUAGAACGGCUGCUCUAUGCGGAUCAUCCAGUGAUUCUACAGCUGCAUCAAUAAACUCAACAUAUCAAUGGUCUGCUGUCAACAUUGGCUCGUCUCCCCAAACCUGUGAUCUAUCAGAUGGACAGUUCCAAUCCCUCACCAGAAAUCUUACAUGCGGUCAAGUAAAGUAUCUGCAGUUAAAUGAGAGCUGUCAGUCUUCAUCAAGAUCAGAGACAAACACCACAACAGUACCUUUACAGACGACUGUUACAUCAUCAGCUACUACAUACACGUCAGUGCUUUCAGUCAAUCAAACAGUUACAGAACCCUAUGGUGCGGUGACAGAGGCUAAUAUUACAAAUCCAUACACUACUCCAGACACUACAAACGGUACAUUAGAAUCAGUCAAUGAGAACAGAAAUUUAAAUGUUACUUUAGACCCUACAAACACUACAUCAGCUACAGUCAAUAACAGUGCAGAUACAAACACCUCUCCAGUCACUCCAUCUACAAUACCGACUUCAUCCAAUGACAGUACAGAUCCAAACACUACUCCAGACACUACAAACACUACAUCAGCUACAGUCAAUAACAGUGCAGAUACAAACAGCACUCUAAUCACUCCAUCUACAACACCGACUUCAUCCAAUGACAGUACAGAUCCAAACACUACUCCAAUCACUCCAUCUACAACACCGACUUCAUCCAAUGACAGUACAGAUCCAAACACUACUCCAGACACUACAAACACUACAUCAGCUACAGUCAAUAACAGUGCAGAUACAAACAGCACUCUAAUCACUCCAUCUACAACACCGACUUCAUCCAAUGACAGUACAGAUCCAAACACUACUCCAGACACUACAAACAGUACAUUAGAAUCAGUCAAUGAGAACAGAAAUUUAAAUGUUACUUUAGACCCUACAAACACUACAUCAGCUACAGUCAAUAACAGUGCAGAUACAAACACCACUCCAGUCACUCCAUCUACAACACCGACUUCAUCCAAUGACAGUACAGAUCCAAACACUGUAAACACGACAUCACCCUCAAUCAAUGAGGACAGAGAUUUAAACGUUACUCCAGACUCCACAAACACAACAUCAGCAUCAUUUAAUAAUGUGACACAAUCAUUCACUACCCUAAACACAUCAUCAUCCUAUAAUAUAACAGAAUCAAACCCGACUCAAGGUGUUACAAACACACCAACAGGGAAUGUCACACAUCCCAGCGACACCACACUGGUCAGCACAACACUGAUCACAUCUACAGAUCUCUCAGUCAUCACACAACCUAACGGAACAUCAGUCUCACACACAACCAUUACAGAAGAAUACACCAACCUCACUCUAACACAUACAACAUCCUCAUCUUAUAACCUGACAGAAUCAAACCCCACACUGGGUGUCACAGGCACAACAACAGAGAUCACAUCCACAAAUUCCUCAACAAUCACACAACCUAACGGAACAUCAAGCUGGUAUUCUGUGGUUACAGAACCAAACACCUCUCGCAAUGUUACAGAAACAACAACAUUGUCACCUCUUAAUACAACACAACCAAACACCACCUUCAUAUUUACAAACACCACCAUAUUUUCUGAGACAUCAGUGUCAUUUAGCACACCAAAUAUAACAGAUCUGAGCCCAACAAAUUCCACAAUUCAGCAGAAUUUCACCACAGAGAACUCGACCUCAGAGCCGAACACCACGGCUUAUCUGGCCAGCAACUUCACUACAAGUUAUUUAGGUCAAAACACCACAUCGAGUCCAUUUAACGUUACACAGGUUACAACUAAUACCACCCUAGUAAGUUAUAGUGCAAACAAUAGUUUAACAUCAAGUCCUCUAAAUAGCACAGACAGCCCUGGCAAUCACACCACAUCUACCAACAUAACCUCCGCUCCAGAUAAGAAUCUCAGUACAACAUUAACACCUAACACUAACAGCAUAGUUUCAACAGAUAUAUACACUAAUAUUACAACAGCAGGACCACAAAACACCACUGCACAGGCAGAGAAGAAUACCACCACCACCAUCAUUACCACCAACACCAUUACCACCACCAACGGAACAGUGACCACAAGCUCUCUGGGUUUGGUAAAUCAGCUUCUGAACCAGUCUCAGGAUACAUCAACACUGAACUCCUCUCAAGUGGAGAGUGUGGUCAGGAAACUGGAGGAUAUUCUCUCGGCGCCAAACAUCAGCCUUAAUGUGUGUCAGGCUGCUCUGUCUGUCAUUAACAAUCUCCUCAAUGCUUCUGCAGGAUCUCUGGCUUCCUCAUCCAACCGCUUGAUCAAGGCUGUGGAUCAGCUGGCGUUGAAAUUGGUCAUUCCGGACAAUUCGGUAACAAUAGCGUUGUCAUCACUUGCACUGGCGGUGACAAAGAUCGAUGGAACCAACUUUGCAGGAAUGUCGUUUUCCAUCAACAGCCCAACAGACAUACUGAUGAAAAGCAGGAGCAGGAGGUCUGUUGGAAGUCCAUCUGGACAGGGUUCCAUCACACUCCCUUCCUCUCUGACCAGCGGUCUGUCCCCAGAGCAGAAGCAACAGGCAUCUCGGCUUCAGUUCACGUUCUUCCAAAAGAGCUCACUGUUUCAGAGCAAUCUCACUAACCAGCAACUGGCCAGCCUCAUUCUGGGGACCAGCGUCGCCAACCUGUCCAUCAGAGACCUGAAAGACAACGUGGUGUUCUCUCUGCAGAACACGACCACUAUAACGGAAAAUCUGACGUGUGUUUUCUGGGACUUUAACCAAAAUGGUGGAGCAGGAGGAUGGAACAGUAGCGGCUGUUUUCUCCUGAACAGCACAGAUAACGAGAUAAAGUGUAGCUGCAACCACUUGACCAGCUUUGCAGUGCUAAUGGACAUCUCCAGAGGUGGAGUGACUGACAAAUUGCAGGGCACCAUCCUCACCUUCAUUACAUUUAUUGGAUGUGGACUUUCUGCCAUCUUCCUUGCUAUCACUCUCCUCACCUACCUGGCCUUUGACAAAAUCCGCAAAGACAUUCCAUCCAAGAUCCUCAUCCAGCUGUGUUUUGCACUUUUCCUUCUCAACAUGGUCUUCCUGGCAGACUCAUGGCUGGCACUCUACACCAAUGCCGUUGGCCUGUGCAUCUCCACCGGUUUCUUCCUGCACUACUUCCUGCUCGCCUCCUUCACGUGGAUGGGUCUGGAGGCCUUGCAUCUUUACCUGAGUAUCGUCAAGGUCUUCAAGAACUUUGUAUCGCAUUACAUGCUGAAGUUCUCUCUGGCAGGAUGGGGUAUUCCAUUAAUCAUAGUUAUCAUUGUGAUCUCGGUGGAUAAAAAUAAUUAUGGCCUCAUUGCGUAUGGAAAGUAUACGGAUGGAAGCACAGAUGAUUUCUGCUGGCUGAAGAACGAUAUAGCCUUCUACGUGUCAGUGGUGGGCUACUUCUGUGUGAUCUUCCUGACCAACAUGGUCAUGUUUGUGGUGGUUAUGGUACAGCUGAGACGCAUCAAACGUCAAAACCCCCAAAAUAACCAAAAUCGCAAAUGGCUCCAGGAUCUGCGCAGCAUCGCCGGUCUCACCGUCUUACUCGGCCUUACAUGGGGAUUUGCUUUUUUUGCCUGGGGCGUGGUCAAUCUACCAUUCAUGUACCUCUUCACCAUCUUCAACGCCUUCCAAGGUAUUUUCAUCUUCGUGUUUCACUGCGCUUUAAAAGAGAAUGUCAGGAGACAGUGGCGAAUCUACCUCUGCUGUGGCAAGUUCAGACUAGCAGAAAACUCAGAUUGGAGUCGUUUAGCAACUCAACACACCAAGAAGAGUUCAGUCAUCACAGCCAACACUUCCCAGGCCUCUUAUAACCACUUCAGUACCUCAAGGAACUCGUCAAUGAGUGUUGACAGCUUGGGCUUAGCAUCAAACAUAAACAGUCAGUUCUCCUUCCAUCAAAUUCUACAGAAGCACCUCAUACCACAGCGCUGCUGAAUUCCUGAUAACAUUCACCUUUUAUAGCAGCAGCUCUGACACAUGAAUGAGCUCGGUUCUAAUACCUUCAUGUUUCCAUAGUAACAGCUUGUUCGGGUUCUUUAUAUCAGACCCCUGACAUUAAAAAAGGUCAAGUUUUCUUUAACAAGAUAUUUAUUUACAUCUCGUUCGAAACCCUGGAGUCUCUAGAGUUUACCUCCAGGAGCCAUUUCGCCGUAUUAUCUUUCAGACGUCUUCAGAACAUCGACGAGCUUCAUAUUUUUAUCUAAAUAUAAGCUCAAGGGAGAAAGAAAAAUAGAGGCUGAUGAAGGAACGAGCGUUUAUACUGUACGGUAGCUGCUGUAAGAACUGUGAGAAGGUUGUUGUAGGGACUUCUGCUCUAUAGUACUGCUGACACUCUGGUGUUGAUUGCGUUCCUACAGCAGCGUGACACAGAGUGUAUUAGUUCUGACAUUUUCUUCA